UGUCUGACUAUUUCAGUGGUAAGCACCCUCUGUUUUUCGUUUGAAACUUCACGAAGCGCAUAACCUCAACAUGCUAAAACUUUUUAAAUACAUUUUGUGAACAUUCUAAAGAAAUGGCUCUGCUAGUUAAUAAAUUAAGAUUAGGAGAACUUGUAAAAGUAUCGGUUAGGUACAAAAACGGACCAAAUCAUUGGAGUGUAUUAAGGAAAAAGAAAACUGCAAAAGACAAAGCAUUGCAACACUUUGAUGAAUUUUAUGGGUCUGUAUAUGGAGAUAAUUGGCAGGUCAUACGGGCUGCAUUACUGAAAGAAGAAAGUAAAUAUAUAGCUGUGGUUAAUAAUUUUAGUGAUACAGAAAGGAUAAAAUCAGAUUUGGAGUUGCUUGGUGCCUUCAAUUUGAAAGUAUUAUACAAUGUAUUUAAUGAAACUAUAGCUCAUUCUCCCAAGUCUGAAACUAUUGAGACUAAAAAUGAUCAGAGUUCAAUAGAUACUUUUAUAUCUAAUAUUAAGUCAACUGAAGUUGAGUCAAUCUAUCCAGCUGAUCAUGAACAUGUACCAAAGGAGUUAACAUCAGAAGAAAAUGAAGAGUUGAUUACAACUCAGAAACCACUACAAUCUAUACAAUUACAAUCUAUAAAUAAAGAUUUAAAUGAAGUAGCUAUAGAAACUAAUCGUAUCAUUGAUUCAUCCAAAAAUUUAUCUCUGCUUCAUGAGUAUAUACCUGCCACAAAAAUAAAGGGUUUGGAUGAUUGGGUACUCGAAUCCAAUCAUUAUGACUUUUACAAUAAAGCACCUGAGUUUAAAGUACAUAUUGUAAAAGAAUAUGUUCUUUCAUUCCCAAAACAUUUGCAUGCAUAUACUUUCGAAGCAGAAAGUAAAGUCAGGUUCCCAAAUCCAAAAAGAGGAACCACUGGUGUUCUAGAUUAUUAUUUGUUCGAUGGAGGAUCUAUAUUACCAAUAUUAGCCCUUGAUUUACAAUUAGGUGAUAUUGUGCUCGAUAUGUGUGCAGCACCUGGAGGUAAAGCUUUAACUAUUCUUCAAACGCUUUUGCCUAAGGUGGUGGUGGCUAAUGAUAAAGUGGAGUCUAGAGUGAACAGAAUAAACAAUGUCAUGGAGCAGUACGUAUUAAAUUUAUGUGAUGAGCAAAGUUUAUUUGUAACAGAACAGGAUGCUCGAGCAAUAGACGAGAAAGAUAUAUACAAUAAGAUUUUAGUCGAUGUGCCGUGCACAACAGAUAGACAUGUGUUACACUCUGACGAAAACAAUAUGUUUAAACCUUCUAGACUUAAGGAAAGAUUACAAAUCCCAGAACUUCAAUCCGAAAUUUUAACAAAUGCAUUAAAGUUGGUAUCAGUUGGAGGCAUUGUUGUUUAUGCAACAUGCUCCCUCAGUCCUAUACAAAACGAUGGUGUUGUGCACGUAGCAUUAAAAAAAGCAUGGGAAGAAAGUGAUUCCGUUAUGAUCGUAAAAGAUAUGACGGAAGCAUUGUCGCCUUUGAAGUGUAUCUAUAGAUUUGGCGAUAUUGAUUUAAAGUAUGGUCAUAUCGUUGUCCCUAGUCUCGGUAGUAAUUGGGGACCGAUGUAUUUUUGUAAAAUAGUAAGGGUACGAUAAAGUUUUGUUCCAGGGCUGCUCUUCACCGCUUCCAAAAAUAGUGUAAACUAUCGUUUCAACUAUGUACAAUCCGACAGUCGCGAAAAAUAUGAUUCGCCAGGCUCCUAUAGUUUGCUGUAAAUAGAAAUAUAUAAAAUAGUCA